UAUUAAGAGCCUCCCGUUUGUCAGGCACUGUGCUAAGCUUAUCUCCCGGGGCUGCUUAGGAGGAAAGCCUUUUACGAGAUUUUCCCAUGGUACACAGGUGAUCUCCAGAGUCCUAGUACCGUUAGCUUUAAGCUUUUGUUUUGGAGUUAUUCCCUUUAAGGCGCUGAGACUUUGGGGACACCGUGUAGAAAUGCCAUGAAGUAUUGGGAUUUAGGACAAUGUGCUCCUUCUCCCAGGGUGGGAAGCAGAGGGAGUGGAUAAAAGGGAAAACCACGGAGAACUGGUGGCAGCCUCUUAAGAAUUAUGCAGAUCAAGACCUUCAUUUUAUAAGAGUCCCAGAGGAGGGAAGUAACUAGUCCAAAGACACUUUGUCAAGUGAAUUCAGGGUUCGCUGGCAAGCCUGUGGUUGAGCUGAGGCUCAAACCCUAGACUUCUGCCUGCAAGUUCGAAGCUUUUUUUUUUUCCAAUAGUCUUCCUUCCCCUCCUCCUGAAUGCCUACAGGCGAAAAAAAAAAGAAAAAAAGGAAAAAAAAAGACAGGAAAGCUCUCGGUUUCCCCACUGAGGUCUAAGGCGCCCUUCUACUAAGGUUAAGAUUUAACUACCUAUAAAAGGAGCCUGGAAUUCUGGCUAGCGCUGCCACAGAGUUUAUAAAUAGACUCCACCCCCAACCACCCACCUCCCCUUUGCCAGCCCAUCCACAAUUCCCUGGGCGGCUGGGGAAAAGGCACUUCGGGGCUUCUCUGGAGUGAGGACCCUAACGGUGGGAGUGACAGUGGUCCCUGGCAGCCUCGGACCCCCCGACCUCGGCGCCUGCCCUACAGAAGACGUCAACCCCCAGCCCUCCAGAGGGAGAAACUGAGGUUCAGACCAAGGUGAUAGGAAUUGCCCAGUCAUAAACUAGUCUGUAGCCACCACCAUGAGGAUAGCCAUCAUCGGUCAGAGCCUGUUUGGCCAGGAAGUUUAUUCCCGACUCCGGAAGGAAGGCCACCAGGUGGUGGGAGUAUUCACCAUUCCUGACAAGGAUGGGAAAGCCGAUCCACUGGCCCUGGAGGCAGAGAAGGACCAUGUACCAGUGUUUAAGUUUCCCCGGUGGAGGUUGAAAGGGAAGGCUCUGCCAGAGGUGGUAGAACAAUACAAGUCUUUGGGAGCCCAGUUGAAUGUCCUGCCCUUCUGCAGCCAAUUCAUCCCCAUGGAGGUCAUCAAUGCACCUGAACACGGCUCCAUCAUCUACCAUCCAUCACUCUUGCCCCGGCAUCGUGGAGCUUCAGCCAUCAAUUGGACCCUGAUCCAUGGAGAUAAGAAAGGAGGCUUUACUGUCUUCUGGGCGGAUGACGGCUUAGACACAGGAGACAUCCUACUCCAGAAAGAGUGUGACGUUCUGCCUGAUGACACUGUGAGCUCACUCUACAAUCGGUUCCUUUUCCCUGAAGGAGUCAAUGGAAUGGUGGAGGCAGUAAGACUAAUCACUGAGGGAAAAGCCCCCAGAAUACCUCAAACUGAAGAGGGGGCAACAUAUGAAGGAAUACAGAAGAAGGAAAAUGCCAAGAUCAACUGGGACCAGCCAGCAGAAGCCAUCCACAACUGGAUUCGAGGAAAUGACAAGGUCCCGGGAGCCUGGACAGAGGCUAAUGGGCAGAUGCUGACAUUUUUUGGAUCAACCCUCAAUGACAAUGGUCUUGUGCCAGAGGGAGACACGCUGGACAUCCCUGGAGCGAGUCAGCCAGGCAUCAUCACCAAAGUGGGACUUGUCCUCUUUGGAAAUGAUGGCAAAAUGCUGGUGGUGAAAAAUAUACAGCUAGAAGAUGGCAAAAUGAUCCCAGCUUGUCACUUCUUCAAAUCAGCAGAGAGUACUACCUUGGAGCUGACUGAAGAGGAACUGGUCACUGCAGAGACCAUUCGGGAUGCUUGGCAGAGGAUUUUGCCCAAUGUUGCCGAGAUUGAAAGCUCCACUGAUUUCUUCAAAUCAGGCGCAGCAUCUGUGGAUGUUGUGAGGCUUAUAGAAGAAGUGAAAUUGCAGUGCAAUGGCCUGGAAUUAGAGAAUGAAGAUGUUUACAUGGCAACUACCUUUGGGGAUUUCAUCCAGAUGCUGAUUAGAAAACUGAGAGGAGAAGAUGGAGAGGAAGAACAAGCCAUAGACUAUGUGGAGAAGUCCAUCAACAACCUGACCAUUCGUAUGCCUCAUCAACUCUUCAUCAAGGGGAUGUUUGUGGAUGCUGAAGGAGCUAAGACCUACGAAACCAUCAACCCAACAGAUGGGACCGCCAUCUGCAAAGUGUCGCUUGCCCAGCUCUCUGAUGUUGACCAGGCUGUAGCCGCAGCCAAAGAUGCCUUUGAGAAUGGAGUGUGGGGGAAGAUAAAUGCCAGAGACAGGGGACGGCUUCUAUACAAAUUGGCUGAUCUCAUGGAGGAACAUCAGGAAGAGCUGGCCACCAUUGAAGCUAUUGACUCGGGUGCAGUGUAUACAUUGGCUUUGAAGACACAUGUGGGCAUGUCCAUCCAAACAUUCCGCUAUUUUGCAGGCUGGUGUGACAAAAUUCAGGGUACCACCAUCCCCAUUAACCAAGCAAGGCCUAACCGUAACCUGACCUUCACCAAGAAAGAGCCAGUUGGGGUCUGUGGCAUUGUCAUUCCCUGGAACUAUCCCCUAAUGAUGCUCUCUUGGAAAACUGCUGCCUGUUUGGCUGCUGGGAACACUCUGGUCAUCAAGCCAGCACAGGUGACACCACUGACUGCCUUGAAAUUUGCAGAGCUGACUGUGAAAGCUGGAAUUCCCAAAGGCGUGGUGAAUGUACUACCUGGAUCUGGUUCCUUGGUUGGGCAGAGGUUAUCAGAUCAUCCAGAUGUGAGGAAAAUUGGGUUCACAGGCUCCACGGAGAUUGGGAAACACAUCAUGAAGAGCUGUGCCCUAAGUAAUGUAAAAAAGGUCUCUCUGGAGCUGGGAGGAAAAUCUCCCCUCAUCAUCUUUGCAGACUGUGACCUGAGCAAGGCCGUCCAAAUGGGGAUGAGCUCCGUUUUCUUCAAUAAAGGUGAAAACUGCAUCGCGGCUGGCCGCCUCUUCCUGGAGAACUCUAUUCAUGACCAGUUUGUACAGAAAGUGGUAGAAGAAGUAAAAAAGCUGAAGAUUGGCGAUCCCUUGGACCGGGCCACUAAUCAUGGCCCUCAGAAUCACCAUGCCCAUUUACAAAAGCUAAUCGAAUACUGCCAAAAAGGAGUGAAAGAAGGAGCUACGCUGGUCUAUGGAGGAAAACAAGUUUCUCGACCAGGGUUUUUCUUUGAACCAACCAUAUUUACCAAUGUGGAAGAUCACAUGUUUGUGGCUCAGGAAGAAUCUUUUGGGCCCAUCAUGAUCAUCUCCAGAUUCCCUGAUGGGGACAUCGAUGGUGUGUUACAGCGAGCCAAUGCCACAGAGUUUGGACUGGCAUCAGGAGUUUUUACCCAGAAUAUUAACAAAGCCCUGUAUGUCAGUGAUAAGCUUCAGGCAGGCACCGUGUUCAUCAAUACCUACAAUAAGACAGAUGUGGCAGCCCCGUUUGGAGGGUUCAAACAGUCUGGAUUUGGGAAGGAUUUAGGUGAAGCAGCUCUCAAUGAAUACCUGAAGAUCAAGACAGUCACUUUCGAGUACUGAGAAAGAAGGAAGCUCUCUAAGUGAGGGAAAAGAGCCAGACCCAGAGUUGAGUGAAUCAAAGAACAAUGACUUUCAGGCACCUACGUAAUAUGAAGUCCUCUCUACCCUGGAUCUCCCCUUACCACUGGAGAAACACAACCCACCUUUCACAUAGAAUGCUGCCCCAAUUCAGAGGACAAAUCAGAAAUUUGUUGGAAACUGGAGCCCCAGUUAGCCCUCUCUCUCUUGUUAAGGGGGGGGGGGGGCAAUUAAAAACAAAUUAGCAGCUCUCUUCCUACCAUUUCUGGGUACCUUCCAUGGUAAAAUAGCAUUCUGCCUUCUAAGAGUCAGCCAAUACUCAUCACUAGUAUACACAUGAGAUAGCUAGGUGGCUCAGUGGACAGAGCACUGGGCCUGGAGUUAGGAAGACCUGAGAUCAAAUCUAGCCUCAGACACUUACUAGCUGUGUGAUCCUAGGCAACUCAUUUAGCCCCGUUUCCCUCAGUUUUUUCCUCAUCUGUAAAAUGAGCUGGAGAAGGAAAUUGCACACCAGUCCAGUAUCUUUGCCAAGAAAAUCCUAAAUAGGGUCACAAAGAGGCACUGAAGAGAAUACAGAAGGAAAAGACAUGGCCUCUGUCCUAAGGGAGCUUACAAUCAAGAUGAAGAGACAAAACUACCUCUUGAGAGACAACCAGAGUACAUAAAACAGUUUGUGAUCAAAAGUCAGAAUUUAAUUGUUCCUAGUAGUUGGGGGAACAAAAGGGGAGGGUAAACUAGAGGAGUCAGUGAAGGUUUAAUGGAAAGGCAGAUCUUGCAUAACCCUGCAUCAUUUAUCUUACAAUGACUACCUGAAAUAAAAAUUCAAUACUUUAA